GGGUUGGGAGUUUAGGUCAUUAUUUCUGAAUUAUUUUGAUCUUCUGUUUUCUUAGAGGAGCAUCAAGAGUUGAAGCUCGAGGUCGAACGGUGGAUCAUGGGGGUUCCAGCUUUCUAUAGGUGGUUGGCGGAGAAAUAUCCGUUGGUGGUGGUGGAUGUUGUGGAAGAAGAACCGGUCGAGAUCAAUGACAUUGCUAUCCCGGUCGACACCAGUAAGCCUAACCCUAACAACAUAGAAUUCGACAAUCUCUAUCUUGACAUGAACGGCAUCAUUCAUCCCUGUUUUCAUCCCGAAGACCGCCCUUCUCCAACGACUUUUGAGGAGGUAUUCCAGUGCAUGUUUGAUUACAUUGAUAGACUCUUUGUGAUGGUGCGGCCACGGAAGCUUCUUUAUAUGGCUAUUGAUGGUGUAGCUCCAAGGGCUAAAAUGAAUCAGCAACGUUCUAGGCGUUUCAGAGCUGCCAAAGAUGCAGCGGAAGCGGCAGCAGAAGAAGAGCGGUUACGGCAAGAAUUUGAGAAGGAGGGCAGAAAGCUACCUCCAAAACAGGAGUCACAAGUUUUUGAUUCCAAUGUUAUAACUCCUGGGACUGAAUUCAUGGCUGUUUUGUCAAUUGCUCUGCAGUACUAUGUUCAUCUCAGACUAAACAAUGACCCAGGAUGGAGAGGCAUUAAGGUUAUCCUUUCGGAUGCAAAUGUUCCUGGUGAAGGGGAACACAAAAUUAUGUCGUACAUCCGCCUUCAAAGAAAUCUUCCUGGCUAUGAUCCGAAUACACACCACUGCUUAUAUGGUUUGGAUGCAGAUUUGAUCAUGUUGGCCCUGGCUACGCAUGAAGUGCAUUUUUCAAUAUUGAGAGAGAUUGUUUACACUCCUGGACAACAAGACAAAUGCUUCCUAUGUGGCCAAGUGGGCCAUUUAGCAGCUGCUUGUGAAGGAAAAGCAAAGAGAAAGUCAGGAGAGUUUGAUGAGAAAGGUGAAGGGGCUGCUGUGGCCAAAAAGCCUUACCAGUUUCUCAACAUUUGGACUCUUCGAGAAUACUUGGAAUAUGAAAUGCAGAUCCCCAAUCCUCCAUUUGAGAUUGAUUUUGAAUGCAUUGUGGAUGAUUUUAUAUUCAUAUGUUUCUUUGUCGGCAAUGAUUUUCUGCCACAUAUGCCCACGCUGGAGAUUCGCGAGGGUGCAAUCAACUUACUAAUUGCAGUGUACAAAAAGGAGUUUGGGCCAAUGGGUGGGUAUUUGACCAAAUCAAACAAGCCAAAUUUGAGCAGGGUAGAGCAUUUCAUUCAAGCAGUAGGGUCCUAUGAAGAUAAAAUAUUCCAGAAAAGAGCCCGCUUACAUCAGGUUAGCUCCAUUACUCCGAAGGGGUUUAAGGUGCAGAUUUUCAGUUCUGAUUUAAGUUCUUGGUUUCCUUUGCAGCGGCAGUCAGAAAGAAUUAAGCGUGAAAAGGCACAAGCAAAAAGAGGUGAUGACGCUGAGCCUCAGCGUGGAACUGAUUCUGCAGUACCAGUUGGCCGUUAUCAUGGUUCUCGUCUUGCUUCUGCUCCUUUGCCUUCACCAUAUCAACAAACAGAAUCCAGUUACAGUUCAGGGAAUUCAGUAUCUAAAAAAAAAGAUAAUCAGCUUGGCCAAGCUACCAUGGUUCUGUCAGCACUUAAUAUUAAGAGCAAGCAAUCUGGAGCACCUGAUAGAAAAGAAGUUAAUAUUCAAGGCCGAAAAGUUGCACGCAUGUCUUCAGGGUCAUCCAUUGGUGCUGCCAUUGUUGAGGCUGAAAAUAAUCUUAAAGAAGAAGUAGAAAUAUGUGAAAACAAGGAGGAGUUGAAAAUGAAGCUUAAGGAGUCACUUCGUGAGAAGUCUGACCUCUUUAACUCUGAAAAUCCUGAAGAAGACAAGGUCAAAUUGGGAGAGCCGGGGUGGAAAGAGAGGUACUAUGAUGAAAAGUUUUCUGCAAAAACCCCCGAUGAACUUGAAACAAUUCGGAAGGAUGUUGUCCUAAAAUACACUGAAGGUUUGUGUUGGGUCAUGCACUAUUAUUAUGAAGGGGUUUGCUCAUGGCAGUGGUUCUAUCCUUAUCAUUAUGCACCCUUUGCUUCUGAUCUCAAGGAUCUUGGUCAGAUGAACAUAAGCUUUGAAUUAGGUGCUCCCUUCAAACCAUUCAAUCAACUGAUGGGGGUUUUUCCUGCUGCAAGUGCUCAUGCGCUUCCCAAGCAUUAUCAAAGAUUGAUGAGCGAUCCAAAUUCACCAAUUAUUGCUUUUUAUCCAACUGAUUUUGAAGUUGACAUGAAUGGCAAGCGGUUUGCGUGGCAGGGUAUCGCGAAGUUACCUUUCAUUGAUGAAGGACGCCUUCUUGCUGAGAUAAAAAAAAUUGAACAUACAUUGACAGAGGAGGAAGUUCGGAGGAACAGUGUGAUGUUUGACAUGCUCUUUGUGGCAUGUUCUCAUCCUCUCUCUCCAUAUAUUUUUUCUCUUGAUGACCGUUGCAAACAGUUGUCAGACAAGGAUCGGAUUGAAGUCAAAGAAAGACUUGAUCCAAAUGUGAGGGCUACUUGCAGUGGUGGGAUGAAUGGGUACCUAUCACUUUGUAGUGGAGAUCCUUGCCCUCCAGUCUUCAAGUCUCCUGUUGCUGGAAUGGAAGACAUUAUGAACAAUCAAGUCAUAUGUGCCAUAUACAGACUUCCGGAUACACAUGAGCAUAUCACUCGACCACCUGCAGGGGUUACAUUCCCCAAAAAGACUGUUACUCUUGGGGAUCUCAAGCCACCGCCCAUUUUGUGGCAUGAAGAUACAGGGAGGAAGCCAUUUGACAAUGGCAGGCGAAACCCCCCUGGAACCAUUUCAGGUCGACAGCUCGGUGAGGCAGCACGUAGGCUCGUUGUUAACAGCUUACAGGUAAAGAGGUACACCAAUGGGCGUGAGCAGAUACAUGCCCAAUCACCACCUUAUGCUGUGGGUACGUAUGGUGCACCCCCUUCCACCUAUGCAAAUGGUGGUGGAUAUCACAAUCUUGAACAUCAGAGAGGUGGAUACCAUAAUCUUGAACAUCAGAGAACAGCACGACCUGGGGUUAAUUAUACCAAUCACAGUAGUAGGUUUUCACCUACAACCAGCGUUAAGAAUCACUCAGACCAUGGUUAUGGGCAACCAUAUGCUCCACCAGCUGCUCCCAAUCCUUAUGAAAGAUCAUCUCAUCAUCCUCAGCAUGUAAGAAGUAACCAGCAAGCUUCCCAUAAUAGAGAGCAUCCCAUGCAUAACCAUCCUCCCGGUCCAUUUCAGAAUGUUAGGGGACCCAGUUAUUACUCUCCUAGAUAUGUAGCACAAAUCCCUGUUGCAACUGGAGCAAGUUUUCCAGAUGGUAGAUACAAUGGUCACAUGGGUUACCAAGCAUCUGGAGCUAGUAAUCAACACCGACAACAGAGAGGUGUGUGGGUACCAAAAUCAGAUCAAAGGGUUGUUGGUUACCCGCAGCAAUUCAAUAACGGGUACUCUGCAUUAGACAGAGGAGCAAGUAAAAGGCCACCGCCACCUCUGGGAUAUGGUCGUUACUAGCCUUUUUUCGUGCUAGUCGGCAUGUCUGGUGGCCUUCAUAAUGAAGAUGUACAAUAGUGAUGAUUUUAAGGUUUUAGCUCUUAUUUCUUCC